AUGGCUGCACCCAAGGUGAUCGUUCUGGGAAGCCUCGAUGGCGGACUGCAGCCGGCCUUCACGAAGCUGGCGGCGCUUCACUCGAAGAACAACUUUAGCUUCGCGAUCGUCACUGGCAAUCUCUUCGGCGUUGACAACGAGACCACGGUUGAUACCCUUUUAAACGGCGAGCUUAAGGUGCCCCUUCCCGUUUACUUUACCGUCGGAACUACGCCCCUUCCCCCGCGAAUUGUCGCGAAGAUCGAGGCCGACGAGGAAAUCUGCGAGAACCUCCACUUCCUCGGCAAGCGCAGCAUCACCAAGUCCUCGGAAGGAAUCAGGAUCGUCACACUGGGCGGAAAGCUUGACGUGGACGUUGUGGGAGGACAGUCAAAGGAGCAGCAUCUGCCUUACCACACCGCAGACGAUGCGAAGUCACUCAAGGGUGCCAACAAGGCGGACAUCCUACUGACGACGGUGUGGCCGGCAGGCGUCUGGACUGGUUCCAAAGUUGCGCUUUCCCCCGAAAACCAGGCUGCAGUCGAGAGCACAGCAGAAGUCGCCGAGUUGUGCGCGACGUUGAAGCCCCGUUACCACUUCGCCUCUUCUCCCGCCGAAUUCUUCUACGAGCGUGAGCCCUUUGUCCACCCAAUCGAGGAAGGCAGUGAGGAAGUUCCGGUCACCCGCUUCAUUUCAAUGGCACCUUACGGAAACCCUGCCAAGGCCAAGGCGCUUUAUGCGUUCUCACUGAAGCCCAACGAGACCAAUGUCGAGCGGCCUGCUAACGCCACCUAUACUCCAUUCAACUCCCAGAAGCCGAAGAAACGCGCGCAGGAUGAGGGGUCUUACAGCCGCUUUGCCAACGGCGACGACGAUGGACGUCAGCAUCGACGUGGAAACAAGCGCCGUCGCCACCAGUCGCCCCCUCCUGGCCCGGAUCGCUGCUUCUUCUGCUUAAGUAACCCCAACCUGGAUACCCACAUGGUCUGCUCCAUCGGCGAAGAUAGUUAUCUUGCUACUGCCAAGGGCCCUCUUGCCACGUCGCAGACCUUCCAGGAACACGGCAUCGGCUUCCCUGGUCAUGUCAUCAUCACGCCGCUCGCGCACACCCCGACUGUCCACCACUCUGGCGUCGAGAGCUACGCCCCAGAGGAGGCGGAGAAAACCCACAAGGAGAUGAGUCGUUUCCGCGAGGCGCUUCAAGCCAUGGUAUCGACCAAGUCUAGUCACAAGCUCGGUGCCAUCACGUGGGAAAUCAGCCGUGGCCGUAAUAUUCACGCCCACUGGCAGUUCCAUCCCGUCCCUGCCGACUUCGUUUACAAGGGGCUCGUCGAGGCCGGCUUCCGUGUUGAGGCCGAGAACCUCAAGUACCCAGAGUUUGAGAACCGUGAGCUUUCUUACGAGGAGCAGGCUGAUUUUGGCGAUUAUUUCCGCAUUUGGAUCUGGGCCGACGACGGCGAGGACAGAAUUAAGGGCACUAACCUCGUCAUGAAGCUCGACCCCAAUAUGCGCUUCGACCUGCAAUACCCGCGCAAGGUCGUCGCGAAGCUUCUCGGUCUCGAGAAGCGUUUUGUCUGGCAGGAUUGCGUACAGACAAAGGAGGAGGAAGAGAAAGACGUGGCGGCUCUCCGCGAGGCCUUCAAGGAGUGGGACUUUGCAUGA